UUGAAUCUUUGAAAUUUGAAUUGAAUGAUUCGAACUUUCUGUGAGAACUGAGAAGUUCGUUUUUUUCAGCUACAAAUUAAACAUUUUAUAUCUAUAUUAUACAAACAUUGUGUAUUCCUGUUUUGGUAAAUACAUUUUUGCUCUCUCAAAACAUCAUCCAAUGACUGGAAUGGUUGGGUAGUUAUUAGAAUUAGUCAUAAUGAGUGAAUGGCGGCGAAGUCGAUCACCACAUAACGACAGGAGAUUUGGGAGAAAUAGAUCUCGGUCAAGAAGUAAUGAACGAAGUAAUGGAUUUUCUCACAGACAUGGAAAGAAAUCCCAAGAUGAAGGUCAAUCAGAAAGACGCCGAUUGGAAAGAGAACGGAUUUGUGCAAUGGGAGUUCCAGGGGCAUGGGGUCUAUCACCUAAAGCUCCACUAGAUGAUUCUGAUGAUGAUCAAGAGGAGGAGAGCCAAAAUAUGAAGCUAAAUGUGAAGCAUAAAAGUGAUACAAAUGAAUUUAGCGGAAGCGAUGAGAGCACAGACAAGAAAUCUAAAAGAUCCAGUAGGAGAAAGAAAAGAAAACAUAAAAGGAAAAGUAAAAAAAGGAAAAAAAAGAAAAGCUCAAGUGAGGAAAGUGAAGAUGAAUCAGAAGACAGCGAUGGCGUUAGUGAGUGGCUUGAAAAACGUAAAGAUGACAAAACCGGCGAUAUUGUUGUUGGUCCAAUGCCUGUUGUUAGUUUACAACAUGGAAAUGCUGAUGAACAAAUGGAUUUCGGUUCGGCUUUGUUGCCUGGUGAGGGUGCGGCAAUGGCUAACUAUGUAAAAGCUGGUAAGCGUAUACCACGACGUGGUGAAAUUGGUUUAACGAGCAAUGAGAUUACGUCAUUUGAAGACCAAGGCUAUGUUAUGAGUGGUAGCCGACAUCGACGAAUGGAAGCCGUUCGAAUACGUAAAGAAAAUCAAAUCUACAGUGCUGAUGAAAAACGAGCUUUAGCUAUGUUCAACUAUGAAGAAAGAUCAAAACGAGAAACGAAGAUCUUAUCGGAUUUCCGAGAACUUGUCCACAAAAAAAUCAACAAACAAAAGAAUUGACAUAUCGAGAAUUCACGAAGCAGAAUUGUACGCCAGUCACCAUAUUAAAUAGUGUUCGUGGCAACCGAAAAACUAGAAAUGAAAAAUUUCGGGUGUCCAAUCCGCGGCCAAUACGAAGGUUUGUUCUUAAAGGUUUGUGUACAUUGCGUACUAAAAGCAGUCUACAUAUAAAAACAGUCUGCGUGCUCAGACACGUUACUAGUGAACAAGCAUAUUGUUCGGUCGGUAUGUGAGCCAUGCGUGAUGCAGGCAUUAAUUUUUGGAUCAUAGCAACCGUGCACUUCUAGGCACGCGGGGCGUGGCCAGGCGACCAAUAUAUUCAAUAGAAUCGUCGGGUUUACUGGUGUGUACAUAUCAAACGUGUCGAAUUUUUCGUUUUUUAACCUGAAAUUUUGUAAAUUGUGAAAAAUAAAGCCACGCAAAGUUGGCCAAAUUUGUGUACUUCUGUACUAUGUGCGGAAACGUUGUAGCUAGGCUGUAGAUACUAAUAGUAUUGAAUACCAAAUUCGCCCGCUUUUUAUCGCCCAGAUAGUCACAAGUGGUCUAAUAGUAAUGACUAGUAUAGUAUGACGAAUGUACAAUCUUGGCCAAAACGCUUUCAGGGACGAUUGCAUUUUUUACUCUAAAAAUGUGUUCUCCCCCUCGCCCCCCCCCCCCCUCAUUCAAUGUUGAAUUCUAAUGCACUUUCGUUUAAUGCACAUUACUACAAUUAAUAUAUUAAUUAGGGACCAACAUUGAAAAGGGGGAGGGGGGAAAUCGGCGAAAAUGCGAGCGUAGGUGGUCACAGUAGUUGUGAUAUCGCGAUAGCGUUCGUCGGUCCUAUUAACUUUUGGCCAAGUUUGUAGUUUUAUGUUCUGGUGCAUCAUCACCAAAGUAAUCUAACAAGUGAAGUCAUGCUACGGAAUAACUAAUCACUUCCAAGAUCUGUACAUUGUAUUUUAUUUUAGACCAUAGACCUAGUAUUAGCAAUACAUGUACAUUAUUAUUAUUAACAUUUGAAUUAUACCCUUGGCCUCACUAAUAUAUUUAUAUAUAGAAUUAUAUGAUUAAACUAAAUGUAAACUCAAGU